AUGGGGGCAGAGCCUCCUCCUGCUCUCCAAAGUCCUGAGCUGCUGGGUCCCUGCCUACUAGGCCAGCAGUCUUCAGCGUCUGUGUGGCUCUCCCACCAUGGCUUCCUGCAGGUCCUCCAGCACCUCAAGCGAUUUCAAAGGAGGAAGCUCCUUCUGAAGCUGAGCCAGAAGGACGCCCUGCAAGCGCUCUUUCAAGCGAAACCCUACCCUCGGAUCGCGACCAGAGAACGGCUGGCCGGGGAGCUUGGCAUUGCCGAAAGCAGAGUUCAGGUCUGGUUUCAAAAUCAACGCAGAAGACGGUCAAAGCAGAGCCGAUCGCCGUCUGAAUAUGUGCACCAAGAAGGGGAAGCGGGGCCAACGUCCACGCCCAUGCCACUGACACCCUCUCCUCGACCUCAGUCUCCCUCUCCAGGAGACUCAGCCAGAGAGGCCCGGAGAAAGAGGGCAGUAAUCUCUCUUUCUCAAACAAGGAUCCAUGUGCAAGCCUUCACAGGAGAUCUCUUCCUGGGGAUUGCCGCCAGGGAAGAACCGGCUCUUCAGACGGGAAUUCCAGAACCUCGAAUCCAGGAGAGCAUGCCACCCUUGGCGGCCGAAGCUGCUCCUUUUGGGGCCCCCACAUUCUGUGUGCACGGGACUGCCUCUGGGGUCUCUGUGGGCCAUCCGUUGAUGAUCUUCAUAGUCCAGCCCAGCCCAGUGGCUCUCCCGCCAUGCGGGAAGCCACCACCUCUUCCCCAGGUAGCAGUUCCCUGGGCUGCGUGCUCCCCUGCCAUCUUGGCCCCCCGGAAGCCUGGGCAAGGGGCCAUCCUGCCUCCUGGACAGCCAGAGGCACACAUCCCGCGCUGGCCAGAGUCAUCCUACAGUAAAGGCACGGCCCCUCAGCUAGAGCCACAGAUCCAGCCCCGCAGCCUUCCAAGCCCGACAAGCCUCCUAGAUGAGCUCAUGGCCGACACGGGCGUUCCGUCUUUGCCAGGACCUUUCCCGAGGGCCGCUGCUGACCACGGGGUGGACUCUGACCUCCCAUGUGCACCCAGCCUCCUAGACAAGCUCUUGGCAGCAACGAGCGUCCCCGAGUCGCUGGGGCCUUCCCCGGGGGCCUCUGCAGUCGCAAGGCAACAACCAGCUCUCGCUGGCACACUCAGCCUCUUAGAGGAAAUCUUGGCUGCCACCAGUAUCCAAGCCGCCCCAGGGCCUUCCCUCAGGCCCUGUGCUGAUGAACGCGCACACCUCGCCCUCCCAGGCUCACCGAGACUCCAAGACGAGUUCCUGGCUUCCCCGGGCAUCCCGGGCUCGCUGGGUGCUUUUCUGGGGUCCUUUUCAGUCACUGCAGGGGCCCACCCAGCCUUCCCCGGAUCACCCAGCUUCCUAGAGGAAAGCUUGGCUGCCACAGCCACGCGGGACACACCCUGGUCUUCUCCUGGGGCCCCUGCAGGGGACGAGGGAGUUGAGGCCAUCCUAGAAGCAUGCCUCAGUCAGGAGGAUUACCGGGCCCUCCUCGACAUGCUGCCAGGCUCCCCAGGUCCUCAGGCUUAG